AUGCCCUACAAUCUCGACUGUCCUGAGUACGCAGGCAUGACGGCAGAGGAGAAAGCAGCUGCAUACCCAUCAGCAGCAUGCUUCGCCAACGACACAUCCUACCUAACUUCCAUGGCCUACUGCAUCCACACCUAUUGCCCCAAAAACGUCAAGAUCUACAGGCUUGAGUAUUUCUGGGAGGUCAAGAUGAUUUACGACUCUGAAGAUCUGACGAUCCGAUGGCCUUAUCUUGAAGCCUUGGCUCAGGUCAACACUACGAGUGCGCCAAAGCCAUUGUCACCAGAAGAGACCGUCUUUAAUCGAACCAUCUCUAUCGAUUCCACUACCUAUCAGAGCUAUAUGAACGGUGUGAAAGGAUACAAGGAAGUCGCCAAGAAUGAGUCUAUGUACUCCAUCCUGGCCUUCAUGACUUGUGUCAUGGUCCCCAUCGGCUUCUCCCUCCUUCGUUUCCUCCCCCUCCCAACAUCCUUUAGAAGCAAGGUGUAUGGCUAUCUUAUCGACCCUCCAGCUUGGGGAAGGCAGCACAGCGUGGCUACACUUGGCAUUGGUAUGGUGCCUACCCGAGGUCAAGCUCUCUUCAUCCUCUACCUCAUCGGCAUCAAUUGCCUGGCCACGUUUGCGGGAUACCCCAACUACGCUCCCAACGGCAUCUUUCCAGACCGUCAUUACGAGCUGAUGCGUCAUAUCGGGAAUCGUGCUGGUUCCGUUGCAUUCGCCAAUAUCCCCGUUGUUAUCUUGUAUGCUGGACGUAGCAGUGUGCUACUUCGGCUAACCAACUGGUCUUACUCGACCUUCCUUCUCCUUCACAGAUGGACCGCCACCAUCUGCGUCGUCCAAGUCGCCCUCCAUUCGCUCCUUUGGCUUCGAAUUAUGAUCGAGGGAGACUCUUAUCCUCUCGUUCUGACAUACCCCUACUGGUAUGUCGGUGUUGUUGGAACUGUUGCCUUUUCCGCCUUGAUUCCAUUCUCGAUGCUCCCAAUCCGAAAGAUCAUGUAUGAAGUCUUCCUCAUUACGCACAUUGUCUUAACAAUCGGCGCUUUGGUCGGUUCUUGGUAUCACAUCAUUUUCUUGUACGAAGAUAAAGGUGGCUUCGAGAUCUGGCUCAUAAUCGCCUUUUGCUUCUGGGGUCUUGAGAGAGUCCUUCGCAUUCUACGCAUCUCCAGAUAUGGCAUCAAGAAAGCAUACGUCACUCGUAUUGAUGAUAAGUAUCUGCGAGUUGACAUCCCCGAUGUCGAUGCUCAGGGCCAUUGCUUCGCCUACUUCCCCACGCUCUCUUGGCGAGUAUGGGAGAAUCAUCCUUUCUCAAUCGUCAAUUGCAGCAAAGGUCAGCUUGAUGGAGAGUCCGUUAUCCCGAGCUCCGCUUCGCACACGCAGUCUGAGAAUGAGGGUGCAAUCUCGCCUGCUGAAGCAUCGGCUUCUAAAGAGAUGGGAGGCGCCAUGUCAAACAUCCGCCAACUCAGAGUUCACAGUAACACUACCAAGCCCGGUAUCACGCUGUUUGUCCAGAACUGUCGUGGUAUGACCGCCAAGCUUGCAAAGAAAGCCGACACUGGCAUCGCGAUCCCCGUCCUCAUCGAGUCUUCUUAUGGGCCACGAAGACACAACUCGAUUCGAUCCUAG